CCUCUCCCCCACUGUCCCACACACACAUCGCCUAGACAAGGACGACCCGGGCGUCAUGGAUUUGGAGUGGGCAUCAGACUCACUCUGACCCACAGAACAUCACCGGCACUCUAUCGGAACCGCGAUCCCCGGCCGCCAGUUGCGCGUAGCCCAGUCGUCGUCGUCGUCGUCGUCGUCGUCGUCGUCGUCGUCGUCGUCGUCGUCGUCGCCGCCGCCGCCGCCGCCGCCGCCAUCAUGCGGGUGAGCUUCUGCCAGGCCCUGCUGGCGGGCGCCAUCGUGAUCAACCUGCUCAUCCUCUACUACGUGUCCCGCGCCCAGCAGCAGAUGAUGGAGCGCCGGCGGGACCAGGGCAAGGGCUCCAAGAAGGGAGGCCUGUCCGGCCCGGGAGGCCUCGGCGCUGGGGUGGGACUGGCAGCAGGAGGGAUGGGCGGCGGCGGCGGCGGUGGAGGUGGUGGAGGUAACGUGGCGGGGGUCCCUGGGGUGAAGCCCGAGGUGAGCGGCCGUGGCGGCCCCCGCGUCACUGUGCUCGUGAGAGAGUUCGAGGACUUUGAGAACUACGUCGGUGAGGUGGCCCGCUCCUUCCUGCGCCAGCGGCCGGACCUGCCCUUCCUGGCGGUGGCCGACACGCUGCCCUACCCGCCCCUGGCGCUGCCUGAGGGGGGCGCUAGACUCCUCGUGCUGGCCCCCAGCCCUGAGCUGCCCCCCCAAGCCAACCGGCCCGAGUUCCACGUGCAGACGGAGUUUGUGCUGCUGGUGCCUGAUGGAGUGGAGCUGGAGCACGGACGACAGGUGGAGCAUCUGAUCCGUGAGCUGGAGGGUGAGGGUGGCGGGGCGGUGCGUCUGGUGGCGGCGCCCGUCCUGACGCGCUCGUCCGUGCAGUGCCUGCACCUGCGCGUGAGCCUGCGCGAGUGGACGGCCACGUACACGCCGGCGGCCUCGGGCAGCAGCGGGAGCGUGUGCACGGCGCUGUCGGGCGACGCCGUGGUGCUCCUGCGCGCCGAGGACCUCUUCAACCUGUCCACGCCGCUGGGCCGCCCGCAGCUCGCCUCGCUCUUCGUGCAGACGGCGCUCCGCGGUUGGCGCGUCAAGCUGCUCGAGACGCCCUGCUUCGCCGCCGGCCGCCGCCCGCUCUUCAGCUCCGCCCACAACCAGUGGAAGGCGGAGACGCAGCAGAAGGAGGCGACGGCGGCGCUCAUGCGCGGCUUCGGCAUCAAGCGCCUCCUGCAGGCCGACGGCAAGGAGCAGUGGUUCGGCUGCGGCAAGGACACGGCGCGCUGCUUCGGCACGGUGCGCGAGGACACGCCCGACUACCUCUACCUGGAGCGCUGGACGCCGCCCUGCUGCCUGCGCGCGCUCCGGGAGACCACCAAGUACGUCAUCGGCGUGCUGGAGAGCGCCGGCGUGCGCUACUGGCUGGAGGGGGGCAGUCUGCUCGGCGCGGCCCGCCACCAGGACAUCAUCCCCUGGGACUACGACGUGGACCUGGGCAUCUACCUGGAGGACGUUCCCAACUGCGAGCAGCUGCGCGGGCUGGACUCGGGCUCGCUGGUGGACGCGCACGGCUACGUGUGGGAGCGGGCGGUGGAGGGCGACUUCUUCCGGGUGCAGUACAGCGAGGUGAACCACCUGCACGUGGACCUGUGGCCGUUCUACGCGCGCAGCGGCGUCAUGACCAAGGACACGUGGACGGAGCACAAGCAGGACGUGGAGUUCCCCGAGCACUUCCUGCAGCCGCUCGUGCCCAUGCCCUUCGCCGGCGUCACCGCCUACGCGCCCAACAACCACCGCGCCUUCCUCGAGCUCAAGUUUGGCCAGGGCGUCGUCGAGAACCCCCAGUACCCCAACCCCGCCCGGAAGAGACUGGACAGGAGCCGCCUCUGAGGAGGGUGCACGUGGUGAUGUAGGAGGGGGCAGGGGGCAGGAGGGGAACGGUACAGCGCUCUGCUUUUAACCUCAUCAUGUUCCUGGAUGGUUAGGGUCAAGGGCGUUCGGAACCUGGAGGACAUUAGGUCAGAAAGAUUGGAAACUUGAGUUUUGAGAUUGACUGGAUUAUGUCUGGGUCCGUAUAGCUGUAAUUCACAAGGUUUAAAGGUUCUUGUGUGUGUGUGUGUGUGUGUGU